GUCCGGAUGGCGAACUGAGUCCGCGGGCCGACUGGUUCGUUUUCGGGUUCUGCGGCGUCGCGGAGCCUCGGGGCGGCGGGGCCCGGCGGCUGGAGCCGGCGCCGGGCGGGAUCCGCGUGGUGCGGCCCGCGUGAGCAGCUCACGGGCCUGGUGACGGGGCGUGGCCGCUUGGUGCUGCGGGGGUGGCAGAUGGGGGCACUGCCCGGGCACUGCCAGGACCUGCUCCCCUCCGAGAGCCACGUGCUGCUGCUGCGGGGGGCGGCGCUGGAGGUCUGGGCACGGGGCGCAGAGCUGUGUCGCGGGCCCUCCUGGCAGCAGCAGCUGCACCCAGGGGAGGCGGCCAGGCCCCUGCCCCUGGUCUCCCAUGGCUACGUGACCCCGCGGCCGCCCUUCCUGUGCCCGCUGCCACCGGCGCUGCGGGCCCAGAAGCUGGUGCUGGGCCAUGAGCAUGUGGUGCUGCUGGGCUGUGCUGGGACCAUCUACACCUGGGGCUGCAGCAGACAUGGGCAGCUGGGGCACGGGGGGCUGGAGCCUGUGUCGGAGCCCCGGCUCGUGGAGGCCUUGGAUGGCAUGUCCAUGGGGGACGUGGCAGCUGGAGGCUGGCAUUCUGUCAGUGUCAGCGAGGGAGGUGAUCUGUAUGUCUGGGGCUGGAAUGAAGCAGGGCAGCUGGCACUGCCUUCCAAAGCACUGGCAGAGAAAAGAGCACCAGCCACAGCCUCUGUCUCCCAGCAUGAGGAACCCUGCACAGGACAGGCAGAGCUGAAAUUGACCCAUCCCGAGGCAGCACUGGCUGCUGAAGCAGCUGACUUCAUUUCAAUCCAGGCCUUCCCUGCUUUGCUGGAUCUACCUGAGGGGUCAGAGGUCAGCAAGGUCAGCUGUGGCUCCCGCCACACUGCUGCUGUGACCCGGACUGGGAAGCUCUACACCUGGGGCUGGGGCAAAUACGGCCAACUUGGCCACAAAGACACAGCCAGCUCCGACCAGCCACGACAAGUUGGCUAUUUCCCUGCAAAUGGACUCACGGUGGAGGAUGUGGUCUGUGGCCCAUGGAACACUUACAUCAGUGCUGUGGAGAAGUGAGAGCAGCCGAAAGGGUGGAGAAAGGCCCCACCUGUGGCACUGACCUGUAAAGAGACUCAGCCACCCCUGGGCUGGAAGCCGAAUGUGAUUUCUUUCACCAGGGGUGUGUUCAUGUUCAAUUGCCCCAGCCAGAGAACUCUAAUUAAUCAUCUUUCCUUUGCUAAAAGUCUUGCGCAUUUUUUUCCCAGCUCCCCUGCUGCUGCCUCCUCUAAAUGCUGCUGGGGCGGUUGCAAAGGCACAAGGCCUCAUGUAUGGUCUUGCAGGCAGACUGGCCUGAGGGAGCGGAAGUGAACUCAACACACGCAGGCAGGAGACAGUACACCUUGCUGCUGAAUAUAUUUCCUCCAGAGCUGAACUGUACACUUAGAAGGCACCAUGAGUAACAAAUUCAUUCCACACUGUUCCCUCCCCACCAGCAAGGAGCGGGGCAGAGGUGGUUAAAAUAGGCACUAAACUGCCUGAGUAGUGAGAUGCUUCCCCUGUGCUGCAGUCAAACCGUACCAUGCAGUUCCCCUGUAAUACCAGCACAGAGCUGCCUAGGACCCCUCAGCCCCUGUGGAGAAGCGCUGGGUCACAGCUGUGUACAGAGAGCCCCAGCAGCUGAGGCCAGCAUGAGAAUAAAUAACCAGCCCAGGGAGCUGUAGUGAUAAGGUGCACAUGAUCAGGGACAAGCACACUAUUUACAGAGCAUCACUCAGUGAUGGGAACAGGCACAGGCACAGCCCCAGCCCCAGCAUGUGCAGAGCAGUGGAAAGGUGCAGCUUGCAUGGGGAACAGGCCCUAGGGGGGUACAUACUAACCCCUGCUCUAGAGGGCGAGGGCAGGGGCUAGCCGAGGGGAUUACUGCCACACGGCCUAGGAAAGCUGAGCUGCCGCUCAAUUCAUAACCCCAAGAGGCCUCAAGACUCGGGUUAGGCUGCACUCCCCACUUGUGUCAGUAAUCCACCCUCUGAGCAACAUAGCUACAGCCCCCUAAUAUCCUCUCUAGACAGCGGUCGCCAUAGGGACUGCCACUGGCCAAGGUGGAGUGCCCUUGCUGGCAGGCCAAGCUGGCCCAGUAGCACAGGUACAAGGCACUAACCUAGGGGUUUCUAUAUUUACAGUGCUGCCAAGUUAGUCUAGCAGGUAGGAGGUGAAAGCAGCCAAGUCUUGCCCCAGCUCAGCUGCCUUUGUCUUUAGAAGGGCAGGUUGUGCUGGGAAAGGGCCAGGCUGCCUGACCCCAAGUCAGUGCUGGUGAAUGGAUCCUGGUAGGGAAUGCUUGGGCCACCAGCCGGGGAGGCGUGGGCUCGAGUAUCCUAGCUGCUUUUUAUGGAUCAUGGCUGACACCCUCUCCCAUUAUGCCCAUGCCUUGGGCCAGCAGGACAGUUGCACUCUCAGGGCAGGACAAGGCAUGGACCUCGAUCAGCUAGUCCAGGGCACUAGCUUCACUCCGCACAGCAUAUUGGCAGCAGGCUAAGAAGCCCAUGCUGUCCUGGAGCCCUCGGCUGCCUGGGUGCCAGCCAGCCCCAGGCCCCGCUGCUGGGAAAUGCUCAGGUGAGGAGGUAAGUAUGCAGGGGAACCGAUACUGAGUAAGCUACUAUGGGCUCUAGCACCUCAGACAGCAGCCCAGCCGGAGAGCCAAAGAAUUAACCAGUCACAGCCCAGGCAGGCAAAGCAGAAGGGCAGCUGGGGGGCACAGGGGACAGGUUGCCAUUGGAGGCUCUGGCUGCCCCACUCCAGGGCUCCAUGGGCCAUGCAGUAGUGUAUGAAGAGCAGGGAACCCUGGGCAGGAGUAGCCCCACACUUUUUAAAACAUUGCAUCUAACAUAAAAACCUGAAAGUCACUGUAGUAAAAACCAUUAAAAAAAAAAAAAAAAAAAAAAGGUCUCCCUCCCCCCACUGCAUGCGCCUGCCUCUCCCCAUGGGGAUGGCUACGCGCAGGGCAGCAUGUAGGGCCAGCUAAAAAUCCAACGUGGGGCACUUGUCAUUUUCACCUCCAGCUGAAGGGACGUACGCUCAGGCGCUGCAUAUCCAGUCAUGCUGUGCCAGAGCAGCGACCAAGCAAGUCUAAAGAGCUGGAACCCUGUGGCUGUGGCCUCCUCAACAGUGGAUGUUGGUGGUUGUGGAGUUCAGGAUCCGGGAGCUCAUGUCAGAUUUGGAAGCCUUUGAAAGUUCGCGCUGUUAAAGGGUAGAAAAAAAAUGCAAAUAAAGCACUAGCUGAGGGGAGGGCAACACAGUGAGAGGCAGCAGGGCCAGGCUGUGCCCCUGGGGCUGUGAAGCUGAGUUGCUCUCCAGCAACCUGGCCAAGGUGGCUGCCUCAGCAGCAUGUGCUACCACCACCUGUGGUCAUUCAAGGGGCAGGAGAAGGGAGCUUACAGUCAAGGAGCCAGGAGGCAUUUAGGGCCAGUAGCCCCAAACAGGCCAAGCUAGAGUAGUGCCAGGUUAGUGCAGGUCUGGGGACACAAGAACAACCCAUCUCCGCUCACAGCAGGUGGGCUUCACUCAGUGAUACUGGGACUUCCUACAUGGAUAACAGCUGCCCCUGCCCCCCCAAGAAGUCAGCUCCUGCUACAGCAAGCAGCACCCAUCCCAGCGGGGCAGGCAGCACUCCAGUUGGCUGAGAAUUUGGGCUCCAUUGGAGCAUCUGGAAAACAAGCUGGCUUGUAAGACCAUGGGGAGGGAGGGAGGAGUUGGUGUCAGGCACAUGGGACUGUCACAAUUCUGCCAGAGGGAACCCUGCUUCCUUUUGGUCCAACCACAAGUUCCUGGUCCCAGUGACCACAGAUGCCUCAAUCCCUGUGUCCCAGACCCUUGGGGGAAGCCACAGCACUGGAGUCCGGAGCUGUUCUGGAGUCUGGCCAUGAAUGCAGCCUGUGAGCUGGAGUGGAGUGCUCAGCAAGAAGGCUGGACACGAGGAAUUCUGCUCCAUGGCAGGGGCCCUGGCUUUUG